ACACGGGUGACAUCAUCGAGGAGCACCCGCCCGGGGCUGGGUGCUGGGGAGCAGGAGAGAGUGGGCUUGGUGCGUGGGGAACACACGGGAUGUGGGUGGUCCUGUCUGGGAAGUGAGCGUGGGUCUGCUAUGGGGUGUGCACGGGCGUGAGCAUCACCCUGCUGGAGGGUGAACGUGGCCCUGCCCUGGGGCAAGAGUGGCCACAAGUGUGGCCAUGCCAUGGGACACGGUGGCCCUGUCCAGGUGGAUGUGGGGUGAGCGAGACACCAUGGGGUCAGUGGGGUUUUGCUGUCUGGCACAGCCACCCCAAGGUCCUCCAGUCUGGAGUUGCUCCCAGAGAGGGCAAAGGACAGCAUUUGGGGGUGCCAAGGUGAGCCCCCCGGGUAGCCUCACAGCUGUCCGCAUCCUGCAGGGACCCCCGCAGGGUCCGGCAGUGCCUGCAUGCUGUGGGGUGGCUGUCAGGGCUGGGAGCCCCUUAGUGCCGUGGGGACUCGUGCAACACUGUGUGGCAGCUUCGCAGCCCCACGUAAAUACUCAUUAGUGGGUGUGGGUGGCAGGGACGCCGAGCCGGGACGCCUGGGUCCCCCUUGUGUGGGGCCAGCACUUUGAAGUGGGGUGCCGGCGGCGUGGGCGGGCUGCACCCCGGGUCCGGCCCUCCUGCCUCGAAUCCCAGGGCGUCCCCACGGGCUCCCAGCCUGCCCAGACGCCCUGGUGCCGGGCUGGCGGCUGCCGGCGCUCUGCCUUGGGGACGCCUCUCUGAUCUGGGGUGCCGGGAAGGGACGCUCAGCCCCGGGUGUGCUCGCAGCCGAGUUCACCCACCCCUGCAGUCCCAGGGAAGAGGGCUGGAGGGACGGCCGGUGACGGUGUUCCCGGAGCAGGGCUGGGACCGCGGAUGAGCCCAGCGAGUGGGAGAAGACAGAGCUGGACCAGACGCAGGUGGAGCAGCGGAUCAAGGAGUACAACAGCCAGAUCAACAGCAACCUCUUCAUGAGCCUGAACAAGGACGGCUCCUACACCGGCUUCAUCAAGGUGCAGCUGAAGCUGGUGCGGCCCGUCUCGGUGCCGGCCACCAAGAAGGGCCCCGCCCUGCAGGCGGGGCGGCCGCACACCCAGGGCGUGAAGCGCCGCACGUCCUUCUACCUGCCCAAGGGCACCGUGAAGCACCUGCACAUCCUGUCGCACACCCGCGCCAGCGAGGUCAUCGACGCCCUCCUCCGCAAGUUCACCGUCGUCGACAACCCCCGCAAGUUCGCCCUCUUCGAGAGGUCUGAGAAGGAUGAGCAAGUGUACCUGCGGAAGCUGGGCGACGACGAGCAGCCCCUGCGGCUGCGGCUGCUGGCUGGCCCCAGUGAGAAGGUGCUGAGCUUCGUCCUGAAGGAGAACGAGACCGGAGAGGUGAACUGGGACGCCUUCACGCUGCCGGAGCUGCACAACUUCCUGCGCAUCCUGCAGCGGGAGGAGGAGGAGCACGUGCGGCGGCUGCGGCACCGCUACGCCCGCUGCCGCCAGAAGAUGCAGGAGGCGCUGGCCACGCGCACGCCGGGGUGACCGCGACACCCGCGACCGAGGACAGCCAGCACCGGGACUCUCGUCCGCCGGCGG